GCGGCGUCCUCGCGCCACUGCGGCCUGGCACUGGCACGGACGAACAGGUCCGGCACCACCUCUCGCUGAGCGGCGGCGCGCUUCGCGGAAUCCGCGGUUCCCGCUGCGGGGGAGAAGGGGGCGCCCCGCCGCGGGGACUUUCCUUUUCACUGGCUUCCGCGCCCUCCGCCCGCCGACGGUGUCCUCCGGGACCGACCCCCAGGCAACAAAUAGGCGCGGCCUGGCGCGGCUCCGCGCCCUCCCCAGGUUGAAUCCCUGGACAAUGCCAUGUGCCUGGUGGACAGUGUGGGCCUUGGGAGCCAUAAUCAGCCUUGCCAGAGGAGUGUCCCCUGACCAGGCUGCUCUGUCUUGUGACCCCACUGGAGUCUGUGACGGCCGCUCCAGAUCUUUACACUCCAUUCCCUCAGGACUAAAAGCAGCUGUGAAAAGCCUUGACCUGUCCAACAAUGAGAUCACGUAUGUCAGGAGCACUGACCUGCACUUGUGUGUGAAUCUCAGAGUUCUAAUACUCAAGUUCAAUAGAAUUAAUAGAAUCAAUGAUGAUUCUUUUUUUUCCCUUGGGAGUCUCGAACAUUUGGAUUUAUCCAACAAUGCCUUAUCUAAUUUACCAUCCUUCUUGUUCAGGCCUCUUUCUUCUUUGCAGUUCUUAAACUUAUUGGGAAAUCCUUACAAAGAACUUGGGGAAACAUCUCUUUUUUAUCAUCUAACAAAUUUGCGAAUCCUGAAAGUAGGAAAUAUUUACGCGUUCUCUAAGAUUCAGAAAAAGGAUUUUGCUGGAUUAACUUUUCUUGAGGAACUUGAGAUUGUUGCUUCAAAUCUCCAGAGUUAUGAGCCAGAAAGUCUGAAGUCAAUUCAGAAUAUAAGUCAUCUGAUCCUUCAUAUGAGGCGGCCUACCUUACUGCCAGAAAUUUUUGUAGAUCUCUUACGUUCUUUGGAAUAUUUGGAACUGAGAGAUAUUGAUUUCGACACUUUCCGUUUCUCAGAACUAUCCUUUGUUGAAAUCAAUCCGUUGAUUAAAAGAUUUACAUUUAGAAAUGUGGGAAUCACUGAUAAAGGUUUUAACGAAGUUAUGAAACUGUUGAGUUAUGUUUCCGAAUUGUUAGAAUUAGAGUUUGAUGACUGUACCCUUAAUGGGGUAGGUGAUUUUAGUGAAUCUGUUGUGGACGAAAUUAAAGAUCCAGGUAAAAUAGAAACAUUAAUAAUACGGAGGUUGCAUAUUCCACAGUUUUACUUAUUUUAUGACUUAAGCAGUAUAUAUUCACUCACAGGAAAUGUUAAAAAAGUCACAAUAGAAAACAGUAAAGUUUUUCUGGUUCCCUGCUUACUUUCACAACACUUAAAAUCAUUAGAAUUCUUGGAUCUCAGUGAAAAUUUGAUGGUAGAAGAACACUUAAAAAACUCAGCCUGUGAGGGUGCCUGGCCCUCCCUACAAACUUUAAUUUUAAGGCAAAAUCAUCUGAAAUCAUUAGAAAAAACUGGAGAAACUUUGCUUACUCUGAAAAACCUGACUAAACUUGAUAUCAGUAAGAAUAGUUUUCUUUCUAUGCCUGAAACUUGUCGAUGGCCAGAAAAGAUGAAAUAUUUGAACUUAUCUGGUACACAAAUACACAGUUUAACUUACUGUAUUCCCCAGAUACUGGAAAUUUUAGAUGUUAGCGAUAACAAUCUCAACUCAUUUUCUUUGACUUUACCACAACUCAAAGAACUUUAUAUUUCCAGAAAUAAGUUGAAGACCCUACCAGAUGCUUCCUUCUUACCCAUGUUACUAGUCAUGAGAAUCAGCAGAAAUACAAUAAAUACUUUCUCUAAGAAGCAAUUUGUUUCCUUUCCCAAACUGAAGACUUUGGAAGCAGGCGGAAACAACUUCAUUUGCUCCUGUGAAUUCCUGUCUUUCACUCAGGAGCACCAAGCACUGGCUGAGGUCCUGGUCGAUUGGCCUGAAAACUACAUGUGUGACUCUCCUUCCUACGUGCGGGGCCAGCGAGUUCAGGACACGCAUCUCCCGGUUUCCGAAUGCCACAGGACAGCACUGGUGUCUGCUGUGUGCUGUGCCCUCUUCCUGCUGCUCCUGCUCACCGGGGUUCUGUGCCACCGUUUCCACGGACUGUGGUACAUGAAGAUGAUGUGGGCCUGGCUCCAGGCCAAACGGAAGCCCAAGAAAGCUCCCCCCAGGGACAUCUGUUACGACGCUUUUGUUUCUUACAGUGAGAGGGAUUCCUACUGGGUGGAGAACCUUAUGGUCCAGGAGCUGGAGAACUUCAACCCCCCCUUCAGGUUAUGCCUUCACAAGCGGGACUUUAUUCCUGGCAAGUGGAUCAUUGACAACAUCAUCGACUCCAUUGAAAAGAGUCACAAAACUGUCUUUGUGCUCUCUGAAAACUUUGUGAAGAGUGAGUGGUGCAAGUACGAACUGGACUUCUCCCAUUUUCGUCUCUUUGAUGAGAACAAUGAUGCCGCCAUUCUCGUUCUUCUGGAGCCCAUCGAGAAAAAAGCCAUCCCCCAGCGGUUCUGCAAACUGCGGAAGAUAAUGAACACCAAGACAUAUCUGGAGUGGCCAGCCGAUGAAGCUCAGCAGGGGGGGUUUUGGUUAAACUUGAGAGCUGCAAUAAAAUCCUAAGUUCCUUCCUUAAAGGCCAGCUUUCGUCCUAGUUCUGGUCUUCAUAUCAUGAGUUAUAACUAAGUUUACUCUGACAUGAUUAUAAAAAAGUACAUGAAUGUACGUGGCACAAGAGAACUUGCUUAUUAAAACUACAAAUUUUAUCUA